AUGGAGCGCGGUAAUCUCGCAGAUGAUGGCUAUUGCGGUUCCAGACGAUUCUCUCAUCUCAGAUCCGAAGCCCUCCGUCGUCCUAUUCCCGAAACCUGUCUCUGCACCGCGCACUUGCACCGGCCGUUGACACAAUGGAAUCCCAGUGAUGAGGACCGCCGUUUCGUUUGGACUCGUGCGCUGCGCGCGAUAAGCUGUUGGACUUCGGACGUUUCUCCUCGCUGUGGCACAACGGACGGCGACGGUGGCCCGGCUGUGUCAAGUCCCGUCCCUUUCCCAGUCAGUGUGUCUGCUGCCCAUGGCGUUGGAACGGGAUCCGAUGGGAAUCACUGGACAAUUCCCAAGGGGACGAGGACCGGUGAGGUGGCACAGUCAGACUCCCUAAAAAAAGAGAUGGUGUGGCAUGCCAUGGCAUUACAAGGCCUGGCAAUGAAUGGCAUGGCGUGGCAUGGCAUGGGCAUGCUUGAUGGUUGGGCAUUCCAAUCAUAUCCUCCAGCAAGGUGCCCAAGCCACGAUGGAGCCCUCGCAAGUCAGGCCGACUGUGUGUAG